AUGACCCAAUCUAUGAAUAGGCUAACGGACAAGAAAGCUUAUAUGUCCAUCAAGAUUUAUCUUGCCAAGGCUUAUGACUGUCUAAAUUGGAAUUUUGUCAGCAGGGUUCUCUUAGAAGUUGGCAUUCCCUCCUCUUUGGUCGGUAUAAUCUGUAGCUGCAUCUCCUCCUCUAGCUUUCAAGUCAUCUGGAAUGGUAGUGCUUCUGAUAAUUUUUUUCCUUAUAGGGGAAUCCGACAAGGUGACCCUUUAUUGCCUUAUUUGUUCGUACUCUGCAUAGACAAGUUGUCCCACUUAAUUGCUAAAGCUGUCAGAAAUAAGGGUUGGAAACCGAUGAAAGCUGGCAGGAAUGGGCCCCUAAUCUCACAUCUUAUGUUUGCGAACGACUUAGUUUUAUUUGGUGAAGCUAGUAUUACUCAACUUGAGGUAGCAUGGAGAAUUCUUAAUAACAGGGAGGUGCUUUGGGUUCAAGUUCUAGUAGGGAAAUAUGAGAGGAAUAAUGUUGGCAACGAGAAUGAGACUUUCUUUUGGUUGGACAAGUGGACUAACCUUGAUAACCCUCUCAUAGAGUAUGCCCUGCCUAUUGUUGAAAUUUUUGAUUUAGAGAUUAAAGUGGCUGAUUUGGUGGAUCCCAGGUCUGGGGUAUGGAAUUUCGAGUUACUGCAUAAGUGGCUUCCCCUUGAGGUGGUCCAAGCCAUUCGUGCUAGCCUCCCUCCAACAGAUGACAGGGGUGAGGAUUGCUUAGUGUGGAGAGAAUUUGUGAGGUCUAGGUAUGUGGUCAAGUCAAUCUAUAGCAAUUUGAUGAAGUUCAAUAGUUUAGUCCUUGAUCCGAUUUGGAAUCUGAAAUGGAAAUGGAGAGGUCCUCAAAGAAUCCGCUCCUUCUUAUGGAUGGUUCAGAACUUCAACCCCCCCAGGCCUAGGAUAGCUUGGUCUGCUCCUUGCCAAGGUUGGUGGAAACUCAACUGUGAUGUUGCUGUUAAGAGGAACCAAUCGUUCACCUGUUGUGGUGGCCUUAUAAGGGAUGAUCAAGGAGCUUGGUUCACAGGUUUCAAUUACAGGAUUGGCAUUUGUUCCCCUCUUAUGGCAGAACUUUGGGCCAUUCUGGUAGGUCUUUGGGUUGCCUAG